GUUAGCAACCUACGGUCUAAAGUGUCUAGGUUUGCUAUUGGGACACUUGCUGCAUUGUUCAAAGCCAUGAAGAAGCAGAUGGAUCAAGAGGUUGAGGAGAUUUCUCGAGUCCUGCUCCAGAAGGCGGGUGAUACUAGUGAAUUCAUCCAGAAAGCAGCUGACCUGUCCUUAGGUAUCAUGGCACAGAGUGUGACUCCUUCACGAGCGAUGACAGCCCUCGUGGCCAAUGGAGUGAACCACCGAAAUCCCCUCAUUCGAAAAUGUGCUGCUGGACACUUACUGACAGUCAUGGAACAAAUUGGGGCUGAGAAAUUGCUCUCAGGCAAUCGGGAGAGUACAGAGCUGUUAGUGCAGAUAUUGGUCAAGGUGGCUCAGGACUGCCAUCAAGAUACAAGAUGUUAUGGCCGGAAGAUGCUGAACAUGCUUAUGUCUCAUCCAAAAUUUGAUGGGUAUUUGAAACAAAAUCUGCCAUCACAUGACCUGCGGGAUGUCAUGGCUGCAAUUAAACAAAAAGGGACCGAAGAUCCGGCCUCGCAAGCUUCUUCUGCCAAAAGCUACCAAGGAUCAAAGAGUGGCAGUUUGACCAUCUCACUGGACAGCCUGUCUUCAGGUGAAGGGUCUACCUCUGAUGCCCUUAACCUCUCGCAGCCUGCAGCUCGUUCCUUCUCGCUUCGCAGUAUAGAAGUAAUGGAACAGCUGAAGGAGUUGAACAAGAUGCUUAUGGCUAAGGAAUUUCAGAUACGAAUAGAUGGAAUAGCCUUACUAACUGAGCAUUGCAAGAACAACCCUCAGUUUGUCUCCUCAAAUAUUGUGCAGAUUUUUGAUACUUUUACACUGAGGCUUCAGGAUUCCAACAAGAAGGUGAACCAGUAUGCAUUAGAAUCAGUUGUCUCCAUGAUUCCAGUCCUUAAAAAUGGCUUAAAUCCAGUCCUGUUCUCUGUUGUGACUAUAGUGAUGGACAACCUAAACUCAAAGAAUUUGGGGAUUUACAGCGCAGCAGUAAAGGUUCUGGACACAAUGAUUACUUAUUUAGAUAACCUGUUGCUGCUUCAAAUAUUUGCCAGCAGGGUGCGUUUUAUCACUGGCCGAGCUCUGCAGGAUAUCACAGAUCGUCUGGCAGGUCUUGUGACUGUUGCUUAUCCACGGAAGCCUCAAGUUGCAGAACGGCACAUCCUUCCUGUUCUCUGGUAUUUCCUAAAUAACAUGAUUGGUAAUGGGGUAUUACCUGGGAAGAGUGGAAAUGUGAGAACUGUGGUCUCUAAACUGGCUAAAAGCUUGCACAAACAAAUGGGGCUGAAACUUGAGGAAUAUGCUUCCAACCAACCACAACAUGUGAUCAAACUCUUUCAAGAUCUUCUAGAUAUGGAUCUCCAGUGAAGAAAGCCUGUUACCGUCUCUGGGACAACUGUAGCGUGACAUUUCAAGGGAGAGCAGCAAUGAAGUGAUGGAUAAUGAUACAGAACUUGCCAUUACUUAACCUUUUUAUUUUUUAAGUGUAAGAAUCUCCUGUUGAACGCUUAUAGUAAUAAUCUACAAUGGAAAAUGUAUAUAAUAUAUUUUGCUGUAGAAUUAAAUCACCUAUUUUUUUAAGAUUUAAGCUGCUCAACUUUUGACCUAUAGAGAUUUUAUUAGUGACAAUAAUACAUUAAUGACACAGCUGUAGCUUUUAUAUGUAUAAAAAAGAGAAUUUUAUUUAUGUAAUACAUAUUUGUCAAAAUUAUGUGAUAAAGUGAUAGAGGUAAACCAUAAUACUGCCUCUACCACUAUGGAUUGCCAGUUAGGGAGAUGGAUUACAUGACCACAGAAAGAUGUCAGCCUGAGCUUCUUCUGCUUGAGCAAAUACCAGUUAGCAGUGGCUUCCAAACUGUCAUGUAGACUGCCUAGUGAAGUUAUUCCUUAGAUAGCUACUGGAAAUGUUUGUGAAGGGAGGAAGAGGAAAUCUGAAAUAUAAACAUUGGGCUCAAAAUGCAUAAGACCACUUCCAAACAAUAUUUCCCCCCCAUUCAGCUGACCUGUCACAGAGGAGAUGGUGCAGUUUUUCCAGACAUCAUCCACUUAACUCUGGUGUAGUAUAUUCUCAUUUCUUCAUUGUCUUUCCUCCUUAGCAUAAUAAAAGCUAUCAAGGAGAAAAAAAUGGAACAGUCAUACAGUGCCUUUUGUCAGGUAUGUCUGGUUGCUGUCUGGAAGUACCAAGAAAAUCUCAUUUAUCUGAUAUUAUGUUAGGAAACAGAAAUGAUAUAACUUGUUACUAUUUUCCAUUUAUUGUUUUUGAAUCUGCCUCUCCUCACUUAAUUAGCAAAGUAUCUAUACAGUAAUACAGUAGAGGGGUUUGGAACAUCAGGAAUUGUCUGGGUAUACUCCAGAAGCACCAGCCUUCGGCAGUGAUUUCCAGUUCAUGCUGAAACACUGGAAGUCAAAUUAAUCCCUGCAGAAUUUCUAUAUGGAGAGCUGUCACUUGCUGAGAUUGUGUAAAUGUCCAUCAUCAUUAGAUCAAUAUCUUUAAAAAAGUAAAAUGUUUUAAUUAUU